AUGACGGCGGAAGAGGUCAUCCACAUAAAAGAGGCCGAGGUCAUCAAGCUGAUCCUGGACUUCCUGAACCACAGACGGCUCCACAUCAGUAUGUUGGCCCUGGAGAAGGAGAGCGGCGUCAUCAACGGACUCUACUCUGACGACAUGCUGUUCCUGCGGCAGCUUGUGUUGGAUGGCCAAUGGGAGGAAGUUAUGCAGUUUAUCCAACCUCUAGAAGGACUGGAGAAAUUUGACAAGAAAAGGUUUCGCUUCAUAAUUUAUAAACAGAAGUUUCUGGAAGCAUUGUGUGUAAAUAACGCAAUGUCUGCAACAGAGGAUCACAUGAAUCUGGAGAUCUCCAUGCAGGAGGCGGUGAAGUGUCUGAACAGUCUGGAGGAGUUCUGUCCGACCAAAGAGGACUACAGCAAACUGUGUCUGCUGCUGACCCUGCCGCGCCUCACCCACCACGCCGAGUUCAAGGAGUGGAACCCCAGCACGGCCCGGGUGCACUGCUUUGAGGAGGCCUGUGCCAUGGUGGCCGAGUUCAUCCCUGCAGACAGGAAGCUGAGCGAGGCAGGCUUUAAGGCCAGCGGCAACCGGCUCUCUCAGCUGCUCAUUAAAGGCAUCCUGUAUGAGUGCUGUGUGGAGUUCUGCCAGAGUAAAGCGACCGGAGAGGAGAUCACCGAGGGGGAGGUUCUUCUGGGAGUGGACUUACUUUGUGGAAAUGGCUGUGAAGAGUUGGAUCUGUCGCUCCUGUCCUGGCUUCAGAACCUCUCGUCUGGAGUCUUCACUUGUGCGUUCGAACAGAAGACCCUGAACAUUCAGGUGGACAAACUGGUAAAGCCGUGUAAGCCAGGCCACGCAGACCUGCUGACCCCGCUGAUCCACAGCCUGUCCCCCUGCCCCACCUCGCCCUUCCACCAGAGGGCUCACUCAGCGGAUACCUACAUGUCCAGGUCCCUCAACCCGGCUCUGGACGGACUGUCACAUGGACUCUCGGCGCAGGACAAGAGGGGGAUGGGGGCAGAGGCCAAGGCCGCUCUGAGCCGCAGCCUGAUCGAAAACCACUGCCACCAACAGGAGGACUCACCGGAACGUAAACUUCCACAGGGCCUCGAUGGUCCUAACACCGUCCGCACUCCUCUGACCCCGGGCAAAGAUGGCGGACCGCUCUCCAGCUCUGAACCACAUGAGCAGCGUGGAUCCACCGAGCAGAUCCAGGAGUACUAUCGGCAACGUCUGCGGGUUCAGCAACAUCUGGAACAGAAACAGCAGCAGAAGCAGCUGUACCAACAGAUGCUUUUAGAGGGAGGAGUCAAACCACAACAGGUUUCCCACAACAACCUCACCGAGACCUUCCUCAACAGAUCUAUUCAGAAGUUGGAGGAGAUGAACGUGGGACUGGAGCACAGAGAUGAGGUGUUGGGGCAGCAGUGGAACGGACUGACGGGAAACUGCCACACAAGUCUCGGGACGACAAACCACCAACACACGCCCGACACACAAGAGAAGCCAGACGGUGUUCGGAGCAGCAGCACCCCCUUGAGGACGGGAGAGCACCCCAUGCCCUGCCCUGGCGAGUCUCCAGUGCCCAUCAGCUGCAGUGCUGAAAAGAUCAGGGUCCAGAAUCCACCUGAGACUUCCAAGACUUCAGAGACUUCAGCCUCUCGUCAGACUCAAGAGCCCGGGAGAACCAAAGCCCAAUAUCUAAGAGUCACGCAGCUGGAGGACACUCAGGCACUGCGGGCCGUGGCCUUUAACCCUUCAGGGUCACUCUACGCCGUGGGCUCCAACUCCAAGACCCUGCGGGUCUGUGCGUACCCAGACUCUCUGUCCCCAAGCACUGGGGUCAAACCUGCAGCAGUGCGUUUUCAAAGGAACAAACAUCACAAAGGCUCCAUCUACUGCGUCGCCUGGAGUCACUGCGGGCGACUCUUGGCCACGGGCUCCAACGACAAAUACGUGAAAGUUCUGCCUUUUAAUCCACAAACCUGCAACGCCACAGGACCGGACCUGGAGUUCAGUAUACACGACGGCACCAUCAGAGACCUGGCCUUCAUGGAGGGUCCGGAGUCUGGGGGGUCCAUCCUCAUCAGUGCAGGGGCCGGAGACUGCAACAUCUACACCACAGACUGUCAGAGGGGCCAGGGCCUGCAUGCACUCAGCGGACACACAGGCCAUAUUCUGACCGUGUACACAUGGGGAGGCUGGAUGAUCGCGUCGGGUUCCCAAGACAAAACGGUUCGAUUUUGGGAUCUGCGAGUGCCCAGCUGUGUCAGAGUCAUCAGUACGACACUGCACGGCUCAGGAAGUGCGGUGGCUUCUGUGGCGGUGGACCCCAGUGGUCGCCUCUUGGCCUCGGGGCAGGAGGACAGCACCUGCACGCUCUACGAUAUUAAAGGAGGUCGUAUCGUUCAGACGUAUCGCCCUCACAGCAGCGACGUCCGCUCAGUUCGCUUCUCACCCGGAGCUCAUCACCUUCUGACCGCCUCCUACGACAACAGCAUCAUCAUCAGUGACCUCCAAGGCGACCUGACUAAGCCCCUCCCCCAGGUCGUGGUGGGGGAGCACUGGGAUAAAGUGAUCCAGUGUCGUUGGCAUCCUCACCACCGGAGCUUCCUCUCCUCGUCUGCGGAUCGUACCGCGGUGCUCUGGGCGCCACAGUCGCCCUGA